AUGGGUCGGGGAAUAGCAGAGGAAGCGCUAGUCCUUCUUCGUAAAAGACUAAGUGAUCUCCAUUUCAUCUUCUCCCUGUUCUCCUAUUGUCCCGACAGCAACUACAGUUAUGCUCUACCUUCGGGCAAGGCUAAAGCUGUAGCACAGGAUACUUUGGUCAUUUGGUGCUCUCUUGCUUCCAGAUUGGGCCAUUGGGCUUUAAAAGCUGAACUUGAAGACCUCUGUUUUGCUGUUCUUCAGCCUCAGAUCUUCCAGCAAAUGCGAUCUGACCUGGCCUCCUUGUGGACACCCAGCAGCAGCAGUACCAGGGUAGGCAACCUGAGAAGACUAUCAGCCAAAAGUAGCUCAAAUCCUGAGUAUGAAGCAUCAACAGAAGAUGUCGUAGUCAGCAUGAAGGAUCUUUUGCAGGCUGUUAUUCCAUUUGAUCUCCUGCUUGAUCGAAGAAAACGUAUUAAAUAUAUUCAAGAUCUAGGGUCAUGCUCAGAGGUCCAAACAAAACCAAAAGUCGUGAGGGAUGUUGGGAUUGCCCUAGCAUCUCUGGUCGUUUGUGAGGAAGAACUAGAACGCGAGUUGUUUAUAUCAACCUCCUAUGUUCCUGGAAUGGAGGUAACCUUAUCUAGCCGCCUUAAAAGUUUGUACAGCAUCUAUAGUAAGAUGGAUCGUAAAGAUGUGAGCAUUGAUAAAGUAUAUGAUGCACGUGCACUGAGAGUAAUUGUUGGAGAUAAAAGUGGAACUUUACAUGGACAAACUGUCGAAUGUUGCUACAGUCUUCUAAAUAUCAUACACAAGCUUUGGACACCAAUUGAUGGCGAGUUUGACGAUUACAUUGUCAAUCCAAAGUCAGGCGGAUAUCAGUGCAUGUAUCUCCCCAGGGGGGGGAGAAUGAAUUCAGAUGUAAACGUCUCCCCAGGUGUGGUGGCUAUAUCUGUUCUUGUCAUCCUUCUCAUAAGGUUUUUUACCGGACACAAAAAGGACGAUAAGGAUCAAGUGGAGUUUAUUGCUGGGAAAACUAGUCUUGGGGAUGCUGUUGAUGGAGCAAUCAAAAUUUUCACUAUUGCAGAAUGUCAUGAUUGUUGUUGUUGCGGUUCCAGAAGGACUUCCAUUAGUUGUCACAUUAACGCUGGCAUACUCGAUGCGAAAAAUGAUGUCGGAUAAAACGUUGGCAUCAACAAAGAUUUUGGCACGCCAAUUGGUGAGGCUUAGACAACAAAUAGCCAACCUACAAAGUAGUCGGGCUCAAAUGAGGGGCAUAACAACACAUACACAGGCAUUAGCUGCACACUCUUCUGUGGCUGUUGGGAUGAAAGGUGCUACCAAGGCAAUGGCAGCAAUGAAUAAGUUUUGAAACUUUAUGGAACUUGGAUCUGUUAUAUGGUAUCAUUAAAGAAGUGGUCAAAGGUUUGACUUCUAUUAUCUAGUUGAUGAUCUUUAUGUUUUCAUGUUUCUUUUUAUUCCUUCUUUCCUCCAUAGUCCUCCUUGCAGAUUUCUGUA